AAUAUCCUUAGUAAAACUUCCGGUCAUAAAAUGAUAUAAAACAUAGAUAGUUAUUUUCAUGUAUAUUGAUGGGUAUUCUAGCAAAAACAUAUGUACAUGAAAUUGUAUAAAUGAGGUGGUGAGAAAUGAAGGACGUGAUCAUUACACCCCGAUCCAUUUUCAAGAACUAAACAAACACAUACACACAGAACUAGUUGAAGCCCAGACCAUAAUCAAGAAAGCAAAGGGCAUUUACGUAACUUGAGUGAGUGAAUUUGAACUUUGGAGAAAAAAUAGGAAAAGUGGCCCAAAAUAGUGGGGGAGAAAAAGAGGAUAGAUAGAUAGUGGGAUAACCGCCUUAACCGUCAUUUCCCUUCCCCCCCCCACACUCACUAGUCACUCGUCGCUACAACUAGAUAGAUAAUAGAAACAGUGAAGAAAAAAGAGUUGAAUAUCAUCAGUAACAUCCGCAGACCAAGAAUCUAGUGCAAAAAGCCUUCUAACAAUAAUAACAGUAACAAUUCUUGCUUGCACAUGCCACAAUUACACUAAGAAUUCAGCCUUUGAUUUUCUUCUUCUUUUUAUUAUAUGGUUUGAGUGUUAAAUGGUGGUGGAAGAGAAGAGGAGAAUGGCGCAUCACAAUGGGACUUUGGAGGUGAAGAAAGGGCCAUGGAAAGCAGAAGAGGAUGAAGUCCUUAUCAACCAUGUCAAAAGAUUCGGCCCCAGAGACUGGAGCUCCAUUCGAUCCAAAGGCCUUUUGCAGAGGACCGGCAAAUCCUGCCGCCUCCGUUGGGUCAACAAACUCCGACCCAACUUGAAGAAUGGGGUGAAGUUCUCGGCGGAUGAGGAGAGAACAGUGAUUGAACUGCAAGCUCAAUUCGGCAACAAAUGGGCCAAAAUCGCUACUUAUUUGUCCGGAAGGACAGAUAAUGAUGUGAAGAAUUUCUGGAGCAGCAGGCAGAAGAGGCUGGCAAGAAUUCUGCAGACCUCUACACCAUCGUCCAGCAACUCACCAAAGAAUCCCAAGGAAGCCAAAGCCCCGACUUUUCACAUUCCCUCCUUGGAGGCACCCAAGUUCAGCUCAUCAACAGAAGAAGAAUCAGGGACAAACUCACGGUCUUGCUCAUCACCGCAUGUCAGUGACUCUAUGAUGAUCAAAAUGGUACCAUUAUCAGACCUAGGACAGUACCCAGGCCUGCUCACUUACGAGCACAGCCUAUUUCAAUUCAACUACACUCCUUCUGACAAGAAUACAUUUGUAGAGCCACAAUCCCAUCUCUCGUUUCCUUCUAUCCCACAACUGCAACCACCGGACUUUCCUCUGCCACUAGAAAGCCAAGACGUCAUCACUAGACUUGAUCAUACAUUUUUGGAUGUUUUUGAGCUUGCCGGUGCAUCUGCAUUAGGCACUGCACAGCUUCCUAUGGUGCCAUCUUUUCUUGGACCUGAAAUUGCUAAAAAUGGAGAAACUCCCUGUGCGGUGACGACUCCCGACAGCUUCAUCGAUGACUUCCCACCUAUUGACAUGUUUGAUCAUAUAGAAGCACUUCCAAGCCCAUCAGAAUGGUCUUAGUUAGCUCUUUUAACUUGAGAUCUAGCAAGUAGUUUGUUUGUGCCAUGUAUUGUGUAGUUUCUUGUUAAUUCUUUUCUAUGAACUAAAGAUUCUCAUAGGUAAUGUCGUUGACGAGGGAUUGACACUCUUUUUA